GGAAAUUCCCAAGCUGCUCAGCCUGCUGACGAUGCUGGAUUUGUUGCUGACUGGUCUGCAGACUUUGGUUCAAUGUCAGCAAAUGGAGAUGUUGCUUCAGCUGCUUCAGUCCCCACAGCCUCAGAAACUCUGGUUGAUAUGCCAGAAGGGGAGCAGGUCGGUACUCAGGGCGCACCUCAGUGUUGGCCUCAUGCUGAAGGAUCAUUGCCAGCUGGAGACAAAACUACUGCCCAGGAAAGUGAGCCCAGUGCAAAGGAAGAUGAGGAUGCUGCUGCUCCAUCAUUUCUUCCAGAUUUUUCAAAAAUGACAACAGCUGGAAGUCCAGAGAAAUCAGAGCCUCUUGAGGUUCCUCAGGUCGAUGAGACUGAAUCAUGUGGAGGGGAAACGGCUCCAUCGGAGAAGAUGCCCAUCCCCUCAGUAGUGAUUGAACCUGCCUCCAGUAAUGAAGGAGAUGAUGACCGGGAUGCUGACAUCAUCUCGCCUACCAUGGUCAGUGACAACGGUGUGACCGCUCAAAGCCACAUCCUCAAACACAUGAGUCCGUCAGGCGGAGGGUCAGGAUUUCCUGAUGACUUCCUUUACAAGGUUGAGACUAUGCAUGAUUUUGAGGCUGCAAACUCAGAUGAGCUUGAACUGAAAAGAGGAGAUGUGGUUCUGGUGGUUCCUACUGUUUCAGUGGAAGAUCAAGAAGCUGGCUGGCUGACAGGGAUAAAAGAAUCUGACUGGUUAAAUCUUGGAGUUGGAGCAAAAAGCGGACUUUUUCCAGAAAACUUUACUCAGCGCUUGGAGUAACAACCUUAUUCAGGAAAUAAAAAUGUAUCUCAUGAAAUAUGUAUGCAAGCUGCAAAAUCAGCACGUAGCUGAGCCUGCUCAGUUUCUGGAAAGUUAAACUGCAGCACUGUUUUUUGUUGGACAGCUACAAAAACAGACAUGACAACAACCUGUUUUCCCCAAACCACUUUUUCAGCAUGAUGUGACUGUAGUACCCUCACUGAAUUAAAUGUUCCUUUCUCUUUAUCAAAAUAAUUUUAUUGAAAAUAAGCUCCUUAAAUGGAGUUAUAUAAAUUCUAACUUGUUACAAUUUUAAACUAUGUCUAAGGCAAACCAAAAUAAGAAAAAGAGAUGAGCUGUAGUUCCCUUGCAGCAUGUGUGUUGUAAUGAACAUUAAAAUGGUAGAACCCUUUGUGCAGUGAUGUAUUUAAGUGCUUUUGUGUGUAAUAUCAAAAUAAUGACCAUUUACCAUUGUCAUAGUUGUUGUGGAUCUUUAAUCACUGUCACCGUUUAGUACAUGUUGAUGGAUGUUUGGUUUAUGUGUGAUUAAAUAUCUAAAAUUGCGACAUAAAUUAUCUGAGGUUCUAUGAGAAUUAUUUCACUUCAAAGCAUGGAAAUUAGGUUAUUACUGUAAGAAUUACAAUCUAAACAAAACUUUGAGCCAGCAAAAACAUCUUGUGUUGAAGUGGAAAGAAGGAAAUAUCUACAAUUUGAUAUGCAAUGUUUGUAGUUCAUAAUGGCACAUAAAUACUGUAAUGUAGAUUCCUUAUAAAAAUUACAUGCUCAUUGUAUAUGUGUGUCUUGGACAAAACUAAUGUGUAAAAAUCAAAUAAACCAGAGUUUAUAAGUCAGAGUACUGAAUGAUGUGUUGCAAAUCUUUCUCCCAGAUACAGGACUCCUUUGAAAACAUAGACUGGGAUAUGUUCGAAGAGAAAGCUGACUUAGAAAGUUACACAUCAUCUGUCCUAUAUUCACUUCUGCACUAAUGUGUUCUGUGGUGCAAAUUUUGAUGUAUGCAUCUGAUCAUAUCUUGUCUAGGGGCAGCUGCAUUUUUCCUGUGUGAAAGAACUCAGAGUGAUUUACUAUUGUGUUCUGUUCACCCAGGGACUGGGUUGUACCAACUGUAUGCAACUCCUAUCUCCUGUAAGAAGAAUGUUGCUCAGAUUAAACAUACUCACUAAAAUUGCUCCUUGAUAACCAGCGUGUAUGAAUAUGUUAUUUACCAUUGUCAUAGUUUUUGUUCCUGCUCUGCCUUUCUGGCUGUGUUCAGAAACAGACAUUCAAAAGCUCCAUGCCUUUGAAUAAAUUUGCAAAAACAAA